CGCUGUUUCCGCCGGGCCAUGGGGCCUCGCGUGCUGCCGCCGCCGCCGCCGCCGCUACCGCUGCUGCUCCUGCUGCUGCUGCUCCCGCUCCCAGCACUGCCGGGCAGGGCUGAGGGGCCCGCACCCUCAAGCCUGCGCCCUCCGCCGGCCGCGCCUUCACCGCCGCCUGUCGCGAUUAAUGGCAGCCAGCCGGGCGCGCCCCACAACAGCACGCACUCGUGGCUGCCCGGCGCCACUGGUUUGCAGCUGCUGCGCUCUUUCUACGUGUUCUUGGGCCUCAGCGGCCUGGCUGUGCUCUACUUCCUCAUCCGGGCAUUCAGGCUGAAAAAGCCACAGCGGAGGAGGUACGGGCUCCUGACUAACACGGAAGACCCCACUGAGAUGGCCUCACUGAACAGCGAUGAGGAGACUGUCUUUGAGACAAGGAAUCUGAGAUGAUUCCUUUCCAGGGACCAUGAAGGAAGGACACGUGGCAGCCACUCUGACGCUGGUCCUACUGAGUGCCGCUCAACAUUGCAUCAGAGCCUGUACAGUCACUGUAAAACCACCACCUCUACCCCCAACUUGGACAGCAUGGCUUCACCCUCCAGAACCCUCCCCCACCCCAAGCCUGUUCAAGGGAGCCACUGCCCAUAAUUUCUGUCCACCUCCCACCCCCACCCCGCCACCAGACUGUGACAUGUGCUGAUUCCCCUCCCCUGAAUGGUUGGAGUGGCCCUGAGCUGAGGCCUAGAUGCAGGUGGACUAAGGGGUCUCUGGGAGCGCCUUCCUAGUGGACUGGGGAUAAUAAAUGAAGCAGUGGUUUUA